ACAACAGAAUAAAAUGUAAUUAAAAAUGAAAGUAUUUGCAUGUAGGAGAGAGGAACAAGGGGUACAUUUAAAAAAAAACCCAAAACCCCGCGAUAUUACGUCAUCGGGGCCGCUCCAAUCACAGAACGAGACUUUCAGUACUCUCACGUGAUUCUCCUUCCAACUGUUGCCGGUAAGUUAACAGAAAACCGGGUUUUUUUGGACUAUUUAAAGGGAAAACCGUCUCAGACUGGACCGCUGCUGUACGGGACAGAGGGCUCAGAGAGGCACCGAGCUAAAGCCCCGGCCUGACGCGUUUCUCUGACACUUUAACCCGAUUUGAAGUCUCCAUCCCGCGGCUCUCGGGUUAGCCCAUGCUAACGCUGCUAGCCUAACCGCCACCAACGGCCAGCCCCGUGAGGCUUUUACUUUGAAAGAGUCUAAUUUUAAAUGAAUUUUAAUUAAAAUCUGUUAAUUCAAGUCUGAGGAAAUCUGUGGGAGAGAGCUCCGAAUCAUUUAAGGAGCAGCAGAGAUGAGCAGCAGGAGCAGCAGUAUGAAGGGUCGCUCCAGCUGUUGGGCACGUAAUGGCCCAGGGGGUCGAUUCUCCAGAGCCGGUCUACAGAAGCCUACGUGGACAAAAGACGAGGACGAGAAGCUGCAGCGACUGGUGAAGGACCUUGGAGCAAGCUGCUGGUCUUCAGUUUCCCUUCAUUUCAGAGGUCAAAGGUCACCAGUGGAGUGUCAGCGGCGGUGGCAGCAGAUAAAGAAUCCAGACCUGGUCAAAGGUCCGUGGACGAAGGAGGAGGAUCACAGGGUCAGAGAGCUGGUGCAGAAGUACGGCGUGAAACGCUGGUCACUGGUCGCCAAACACCUGCACACCCGGAACGGGAAGCAGUGCCGCGAGCGCUGGCACAACCACCUGAACCCGACGGUGAAGAAGACCAGCUGGACGCUGGACGAGGACCGCGUCAUCUGCCAGGCGCACAGGCUGCUGGGAAACCGCUGGGCCGACAUCUCCAAGUUGCUGCCCGGCAGGACGGACAACUCCAUCAAGAACCACUGGAACUCCACCCUGAAGAGAAAAGUGGAGAAGGAGGGAUACCUGCAGGUCCUGCGCCUCCACAGCUCCUACGUCGCCUCCACCUCGGCACAGGCAUCCAAGAUCUGCGGCCUCCCCUGCAGCAUCCCCGCAAAGGCCAACAGUCUGUCCACCUCAAAAGAUGAGUCCAGCUCCGCCUCCGGCAGUCAGAGCACCUACAUGCGCCACGGGAGCUCCGCCCAUCUGUGCUCCUCCUCCACCGGAUCUCUGAGCACGAGCAGACCGGCGGCGUCCGUGGACCUGAUGGAGGCGAGUCUGGAGACAUGGAGCUACGACUCAAAGGAAGUGACAUCAUCCCUGAAACAGCCCCAGCGCUGCUGCCUGUCUGCCCGCACAGAAACGACGGCCACCCCUCCAUCGUGGGCCUGAAGGAGAGCUGCGUUGCAGGUAUGAAGGACCAGGAGCUGAACGGCGAAGACGACUGCUCGUCGCGCUCGUGGAGCAGAAGCAGCCAGAUGGGAGCUCUGAACUUCUCCCCCUCAGAGUUCUUCAGUCUGUGCGCUGCUGACAAGCUGAAGCUAC